AUGCCUUUGUAUAGAGAAGAAAACUUUUUGGUAAUCCAUCCAGGAAGUGAAAAUACCUUGUUCUCCUUUGGUUUACAAGAAUCUUUAUCACCUCCUGAGUAUAAAAUUCCUUCCACCAUUUACAAAAAAGAUGGGGAAUUCCAAUCCAAAUUUGAAGAUGGUUGUGAAACUAUCAAAUGUAUAAAAGGUGGUAAAAUCAUAGACUUAGAAGGGUUUAAAUACCUUUUGAAGUUGAUUUUACAAAGUGUUAUUGCCCAAAAUCCUAUUGUCACCAUUAAUCAAAUCCCUUUACUUAUAAUUUCCCCUAGUAAAUGUUGGUCGAAAUUUCAAAUCGAACAAAUCACCAAAUAUGUCAUUGAAGAUUUAGAAUUUUCAGGUUUCAACAUCUUGGAUUUAUCCAUUGCUUGUGGUUUCGGUGUUGGGAACGGAGUUUCAUCAUUGGUGGUCAAUUUAGGUAAAGAAAGUAUGCAAAUAUCACCAGUUAUUGGAUACUCAAACAUCAAAUUUGCUUCAAAAUAUAUUCCAAAAGGUUCAAAUUUAAUAAAUGAAGAGUUAAAGAAGUUAUUACCUCAAUAUACUGAUGACCAGAUUGAAGCUUUGAAAACAUCCAAAAUCUUUGAAGUCAUGAAUAGUGAAGAGAAUUCAUUUUAUUCAAUUGCUGAUUUAAAUAAAGUCGAUGAAGGUAUGGAUGAAGAUUCUAAAUACGAUAUUGCUAAAUUAGUCACUGAUGAAGUCAAACCAGAAGAAGAAGAUGAAAAGCUUAAUCAUGAAUUAGAGAGAAAUUCAUUUGAAUUUAAUGGUGAUAAGAUUACUGUUGGUAAGGAAAGAUUCCAAGGUACUGGACCAUUAAUUGAUUUAAUAGCUUCAGAGAUUUAUAAAGUAUUACUUCACAUUCCUGAUUUGGAAAAAAGACAAGAAUGUUUUGAUAACCUUAUUCUUGUUGGUUCAACUUUCAAGAUUCCAGGUUUCAAACAUAAUUUAUUAACCACUUUAUCUUAUAAUUACCUUAUUCGUACUCCUCAGCAACAACAACAACAAAAGGAAAUGGGAAUAAAUUCAGCCAUUGCUGCUUAUCAACAAUCAGAUGAUGUUGUAGAAACUACCGAUGGAGAAUUCAUUUUAUCUCAAGUCCCUAACUCCAUUAAAUUGGUUAAAUAUCCUGACUAUUUCCCUGAAUGGAAGAAACCUAAGGGUGGUUCAUGGGAAGAUGUUUAUUUCUUAGGAGGUCAAAUUUAUGCUAAACAAAUUUUCGGAGGUAAUUCUAAUGCCAAUGGAGAAUUAUUUGUUGAUGGGGAUAAUUAUGAAGAAAACGGACCUGAAGUUAUUUGGAGUUGUACUCUUUAG